CAGGGCCUGCGGGGAAGGCGCUCGGUCGGGGCAGAGCGCGGCCGCUCCGCUGCCCGGGCCUGCGCGGCGCUGCUGCUUCACCUGGAGCGGCGCGUAAUGACACCGUGACGGCCGCUCCUGAAAUGCUGUGGGUGGAGGGAUGAGACAUUUGUUUGGUUUUAGUGCUGGAAUAACAAGCUCAAGGCUGUGGCUGUUACAGCUGCUGGUAACAACAUGAACAUUUAAUUCCUGUCUGCAAUUUAAGAAGAAACCUACACACCCAGCCUUAUUCUUCUCUGCCACCCCUGUUCCACUGAGGCCAACACUGGAUUGUCCUUGCUUCUGAUUGCCUUGGCUGAGGGAAUCAGUCAUGGCUGAUGACUCUCAGAGAAACUUCCGCUCAGUAUAUUAUGAGAAAGUGGGGUUUCGUGGAGUUGAAGAAAAGAAAUCGCUGGAAAUUCUGCUGAAGGAUGAUCGUUUGGAUAUUGAGAAGCUUUGCACAUUUAGUCAAAGGUUUCCUCUUCCAUCCAUGUAUCGGAUCCUGGUGUGGAAAGUGCUUCUAGGAAUAAUUCCUCCUCACCACGAAUCUCAUGCUUUGGUGAUGAAGUACCGGAAGGAGCAGUAUUGGGAUAUUCACCACGCUCUCCGCGUGAUUCGCUUUAUUAACGAUUCUACCCCACAAGUUGAUGUUUUUCUCCGCAUGCAUCAACUGGAAUCAGGAAAACUGCCUCGAAACGUGGCUUUCCCAUUGGAACCUGAAGAUGAAGUGUUUCUUGCUAUUGCUAAAGCAAUGGAGGAAAUGGUAGAAGAUCCUAUAGAAUGCUAUUGGCUUGUCAGUUGCUUUGUGAAUCAGCUGAACAGCAAGCACAAAGAUUCAUUGCAACAACUGCCAAAAAUUCUGGAGCAGUAUUUGAACAUUGAAGAUAACAGACUACUGAUGCAUCUGAAGGCAUGUGCUGCCAUGAGCAAACUCCCCUAUGAUCUUUGGUUUAAAAAGUGUUUUGCAGGAUGUUUACCUGAGUCCAGUUUACAGAGAGUUUGGGACAAAGUUAUAAGUGGAUCCUGCAAGAUUCUUGUGUUUGUUGCUGUGGAGAUAUUAUUAACCUUUAAAAUGAAGAUAAUAGCACUGAAUUCUGCAGAAAAGAUCACACAGUUUUUGGAAAAUAUUCCUCAGGACAACACGGACGCCAUUGUCAGCAAAGCUGUGGAUCUGUGGCGCACGCACUGCGGGACUCCGGCACACUCAGUCUGAGAACUCUCCUGGCUUGUGAGACACUGGUGUGAAAGAAAAAAAACUUUUGAAAAGACAUUUUACCAGCCUUCCCCCACCCUAGUAUGGUGUUCUUCAUUAACCCUUCGGUGUAAAGAUGCUAUUAAAGCGUGGUGACCAAUAUGUAAAUAUUUUUCAAUAAAUACAGAUGGAAUGAAGACACUUU